AUACCAUCCGCCACCUCCCCCCUACUUGAGUCCAGCCACGACAUUCGUGGAGUCCUUUCUUGCCUUAGGAGAGUUCCAUCGAAGGUCCCCCGCCUUGUCUCUUCGGCUUAGCUCGCCACCAUGAGUAAGCUGCAGAGCGACGUGCUGCGCGAGGCGAUUUCGAACUUGCUGGCGGCUUCGAAGGAGAAGAACCGCAAGUUUUCGGAGACGAUCGAGCUGCAGAUCGGGCUCAAGAACUACGACCCGCAGAAGGACAAGCGUUUCAGCGGCUCCGUCAGGCUGCCGCACGUGCCGCGCCCCAAGUACCGCGUGUGCAUGCUGGGAGAUGCCCAGCACGUCGAGGAGGCUGAGAAGAUCUCCCUGGACUGCAUGGGCGUGGAGGCGUUGAAGAAGAUGAACAAGAACAAGAAGCUGGUGAAGAAGCUGGCGAAGAAGUACCACGCGUUCCUGGCGUCCGAGGCCAUCAUCAAGCAGAUCCCCAGGCUGCUGGGCCCCGGCCUCAACAAGGCCGGCAAGUUCCCCACGCUCGUCACGCACCACGAGCCCCUCGAGAGCAAGCUGCUGGAGACCAAGUCAACCAUCAAGUUCCAGCUGAAGAAGGUGCUGUGCAUGGGCGUGGCGGUGGGCAACUGCGACAUGGAGGAGAAGCAGAUCUUCCAGAACAUCCAGCUCUCCGUCAACUUCCUCGUCUCGCUGCUCAAGAAGAACUGGCAGAACGUCAAGUCGCUGUACAUCAAGAGCACCAUGGGCAAGCCUCUUCGCGUCUACUAAGCAGCUUAAUCGCCUCUUAGUCUCCUCUUUCUUAGUCGCCGCGGCUAAGCAGUUCCUCGCGUCUACCGAAUCUUCCCGCCCGUUGUUACCAUUGCUGUCUCUGUCCGGCCGCGUUUGGCCUUAUCUGUAUAAUGCACGAACUUUGGGCGCAAUUUGUGUCUCUCAUUGGCUGCCAAGGCUGGUAACCCUACUUGUAGGGUUGUAACCAUGAGCGGCUGUUGAGCUACUAAAGCAACUCGCUUUAGUGCACACUACCAAGGCCAUAUCGGGUACAGGGGAUUGGCGCGCUGAAGGGUUCAGGGGAGAGAGUGAGGAGGAAGGAGAAAGGGAAUGGGGUGGUGGGGGCGUGAGGGAGUGUGGAUGGGAGGGGUUUCUCACCCCACUCCCAUCCACUCUUCCUCUUGCCUUCAUCCUCGCUUCUCUUUGUCUUCCUCUCCCCCUCUCUCUCUCCCCCAUCUCUUCAACGCACCUCACCUUGCACCUCGAUAUUGUCGUUGGGAGCCCACUUGCUUCGUGACC